GUUCGUGUGUACAUCGAACCAGCACCUCAACGGCCAAAGAAGUUCAAACGAAACAGAUCAAAUGAUGCGGCUCAGUGUGUUUUGUUUAAUUCUCACUUUCGUGUGCAAAUCCUGCGCGCAAAAUAUAAUAUGCUACUAUGAUAGUAGAGCUGCAACGCUCCCCAUUCCAUUACUGCCGAGCCAGCUUGAGCCUGCCGAUUGUACCCAUUAUACAUAUAUUGGAGUUGGAAUGACAACGAAAGGAGACAUAAGGCUACUUAAUGAACACUUUGAUGUUAACACUGGUUUUCCACUGUUUCAAAAUCUACGCUCUACCGACCGGAAACUGCUAGUUUUGCUUGGCGGUGUUUAUGAGAGCAGUGUCACCUUUUCAACCAUAGUCGGUUCCAUUCCGGACACUCUCAUCAAUAACCUUGCUCUUUUCCUAACACGAUAUAAUUUUGAUGGCAUCGACAUCGAUUGGCGCUAUCCAUCGAGCAGAGGGGGCAAGCUGACCGAUAAGGUUAAUUUCCAGAAAUUUAUUAUUCGACUUCGGGCCAGACUGAACAUGAUAAAUAAACUGCUCGUUAUCUCUGUUUCACCGAUCAGGAAUGUGUUUGCAGCAGCUUAUGAUAGUGUCACACUUAGUCUGUACGCUGACAUGAUCAAUGUGUAUGCUUUUAAUUUUACAGAAACGGUAGAGACUAAAGCAACACAUUUGGCCCCGUUGUAUUCUGACAAUUCUAUAAGCGUGAAUUCAUCCAUCAGCGAUUGGAUAUCAACCAAAAUCCGGAAGAACAAAAUCAAUAUCGUAGUCGCAACAUACGCUCGUACGUAUACACUGUACAGUGUUACCAGAAAUUCUCCUGGGUCCCCAAUUCGAGGUCCAGGAAACGCAGGAGCCAACACUCAGUAUGCAGGCUAUUUGGCUCAGUAUGAGUUCUGUGCGAUGAACGCUGGCUACUCUGCUGUUACAGACGAAAUAACAAAAACCACGUAUUUCACCAAGGAUGUAAGUUGGAUUAGCUCCGAAACAGCCGAUACCCUGGUUCAAAAAUAUACCUACGGACUAGAUCACGACCUCGGUGGUGUUGCUAUUUUCACCCUGGACUGGGAUGAUGCGACGGAUAGCUGCGGAGCAGGACGAUUCCCUGCUGUCGCUUUGGCACGAAAAUAUUUUUACUCAAAUACCAAGAACGCAUAAAUUUUGCAUCUUCACGCUCGUGCAUACAGCAUCACAAGGGGCAAAAUAUAUGAAUAUUCACUCGAUGUCAA